GAUACAUUUACGAGGUCACCAUGAAUGGAACUCCUCACAGGAUACACUAGUAACAUUUCCUUCGGUGAACACUUUCAAAGAGAAACUGGAUCUCCGAAGAUAUAUAUAUUGCAACAAGAGCCUUAUAUUCCUAUAAUAUGAAUAUGAAUCUGAAUCUAUUGGAUAAUGGAUAUUAAGCGCUGACUUUGAGCUUUACGCAACAUCCAAAAUGAAGUGUAAACAUUGUGGAAGCUCUAAUUUAGAAGAAGACCGUGCCCGUGCUGACCUAAUAUGUUUAGAUUGUGGGAUGGUUAUGGGCGAAAAUGUCAUUUCUUCAGAGGUAGAGUUCGUUGAAACAAAUACUGGUCAAUGUACUGCUGUUGGUCGUUUUGUCUCAGAUGGGAGCCAAGCUCUUAACUUCAAAGAGUCACGUCAGUUAACCGAAAAUAAAGCUCGUCGAAGGAUUGAUACCAUUUGUGGCCAGUUGCGUCUUGGCAAUGAUAUAACAGUCUCUGCCUUUCGUUAUUAUCAAAGUGCACUUUUUCGUGGACUUACAAGGGGUCGCAAUGCUUUUACAGUAGCUGCGGGCUGUAUAUAUUUAGCAGCCCGCCAGUUGCGCGUCAAUUUGAUGUUAUUAGACCUCAGUGAUGCAGUUGGAAUCAAUGUUUAUGUUCUUGGUCGUGUCUACGCUGAUCUAAAAAAGCGACUUAAUUUAGCCAUACCAGAAAUGGAUCCUUGUAUCUAUAUUGAUCGCUUCGCAAGUCAGUUGGAGUUCGGUGACAAAGUGUCCACAGUCGCUACAACCGCCAUGCGUCUGUUACAAAGGAUGAAGAAAGACUGGAUCGCUACUGGUCGUAGGCCUAGUGGAUUGGCUGCUGCUGCACUACUUGUUGCUGCUCGAAUUCAUGAAUUCAAUAGGACAGAGGAGGACGUAGCUCGAAUUGCUCGGAUUAGUCAGAGUACUGCACGCAAACGUUUAGAAGAAUUCAGUCGUACUCCAUCAUCCGCUCUUAGUAUUGAAGCAUUUUUCUCAGUUGAUUAUGAUGAGGAGCAAGAUCCUCCAGCAUUUGUUGCUUCAAUGAAGCAGGAGGAUGAAAAGUUGAAAAGUAUGUCAGAGGGUGCAAUGGCUCGUAUAACUAUGGAGAUAACUGAAUUAGAACGUCGUAUAGAUACUGAACUACAAAAGUUGUCUGGGAAAUACACAGCUCGUACAAUUUCUACACAACUUUCUAAAAUAGAUGUUGGAUGUUCCAAAGGCAUACAACAUUUAUUAGCUGAAAACUCAGAUUGUUUGAAAACAUCGGGUCUCUUAAGUGAUCUAAAAGACGUAUCAAGUGAAACUGCUGAAUCUGGUAACGAUGAUGCUAUAACUAACAAAAGUAAUACCUCUAGUCAAAAUGAAAGUGGUGAAGUUCGCGGGAUACUACGUGAUGUAUUGGAUGGCUUAGUUGAGCCAGAGUUAUUGGACAGUUGCGUUGAGGAUUUGCACAUUCUAACUCAGCAUUCUGGUACCAAAAUGUGUCAACUGUUGUCUGAAGCAGAAGAGACAAGAAAUCAGGCUGAUAUUGGUUCAGAUCAGAAAUUACCAGAACAAGAUGUGGACUCCAAGCCGUCUGAUGCUGAAGAUACUAGACCCAGUGAACCUCCUGUAAAAGAUAAAAAUUGCCUGAAGUUACCUGUUUUUAUCCCAUCAAGUGUUGUUCCAAAGCAAGAAACUAAAAGGGUAGUGGAAUUUUCCACAUAUCUAGGACAGGUGUUGAAUCAUUCCUAUUGCAUGUGUUUGCAGUUGAUUCAAUAAACAAAGCUUCCGUUAUCAAACUCUCGCUCCAUCCUGUUACAUUGGAUUUUAAAACUGUCAUCUUAUCCCAUCCUAUUGCAUGGUUGUGUGUAAUUGCAUGUAUUGC